AUGAGAAGAGCUUCAAUAAGGGGUCGGCGACCAAAGGAGUCCUUCAACCCACGGCCACCGCCAGCAACGCCGCUGGACCACUUCCGCCACCGAGACUCUGAUGCCAGCUUCGCAAGUAGCCGUCCUUCCUCCGUGGGGAUGGGGCCCACCUCCAACGCCCUCGACCUCUACAAAGACCGCUCCUUCCAGCAGGCCACCCUCUCCUCCAUCAAUUCCUACUUGGCCUCCCACUCUCUGCAAAUCUUCCUCAAAUUCCCAAUCCCCUCCGCCAAGGAAAUCACCGAAACCUUAAAAUUCCUCGUCGCCCGCCUCGACUACCCUAACCCCAAGCUCGAAGACGACCUCCCCGUCAUACUCAAAUUCCUCAAAUGCCCCUUCAAGCCCAACAAGUCCGUGCUCCGAAACCCUACCGUCAACCACCACCAGUGGCCUACUUUGCUCGCCGUCAUCCACUGGCUCUUCCAGAUUGUGCUCUACAACGAUCAUCUCGCUUCCAAUUCCGGCGCCUUCGUCGACAACAACGCCAUGUCUGCGUACGCGCUGGAGAGCUAUUCGUAUUAUAUUAGCGGGGAUGAUGAUUCCGUGGAGGCCUUGGAUCGGCAGUUCUUGGAGAAGUUGGAGACGGAGAGGGAGAAUGCGGAGGAGAGUAUUAGGGUUUUGGAGGCGACCGCGGCGGAGCUGGAGGGGAAGAUGGAGGAGAUGAGGUCGGGGCCUUCCAAGAGGGAGGCGCUGGAGAAGGAGAGGGGUGUGUUGGAGCAGGAUGUGAACAAGUUCAAUGAAAUGAUUGGGAGUCUGGCAAAGAGUGUCGCGAAAUUGGAGGCCGUUUUGGAGGCAAAAGAGAAGGAGUUGGAGGCCAAAGUGGCGGACACUCGGAGGAUUUGCGAGGAGAAUGAGGAGUUGAAGAAGAGGGUGGAAUUGCAGACCUUCAAUGCCAGGGACGUGGAUAGAAUGAAGAGGGAAUUGCAGGCUGUGGAGAGGGAUAUAGGUGAAGCCGAGCUGGCGAGGAAUGCGUGGGAGGAGAAGGCUUGGGAUCUUGAUACCAUGCUCAGCCAUAAGUUUAAGGAGCUUGAGACUUUGGCUAUGGAAUGCAACCAGGCUAUGAGGAGGUUGAAACUUGGUAAUGGCUUUCAGUAUGUAUUGAAUGCUAAGGGAUCAACACCAGCUGAUGUGAUGGGGAUUGACUACAAAUUAACAUUAAAGCCAGCACUUAACUCUUACUCUGAUGAUAUAAAGAAAAGCUCUGUGGAAAAACUGGAAGAGUUGAUUUCCCUUCAGCAACAGUCAAGUGAACUUUCUGCUACAAUUGAGGGAAAAAGAAAUUUUAUAGCGACACUUCAAUCUCAUAUUGACGAAGUGGAAGCUCAACUUAAUUUGUUGAAGAAAGAGACGCAUGACUACACUAACAGAUGUGCAAUUGAAGCCAGACAGAUGAUGGACGAUGUUCAAAUGGAGGCUCAUAACUUGGAUAUUUUGGAAAGAGACGCAGAAGAGAUUCUGAAGACCUCCAAAUUGAAAUUGCAGGAGACAAUCAAACAAACUGAAGAAGAAACGAAGAAGUGCGCUUAUGAACUCAUGACUGUUAUUGACUCGGUCUCAAAGCACAAAGAAUAUGUGCAGUCUAAGAUUUUAGAAAUGAGGAGAGAUGUCUCAGAAACUGCUGUUGCGGUAUCUGAUGCUCACAAAGGUUCAUUGCAAUCCCAAUUUGGCUUUCUGUCUCAUGCAAACUAG